GGCGGAGGAGGCGCGAUGGCUCCGCAGCGGCGGGCGCUGCCCCGCGGCCCCGACAGCGCCGGGCCGGGGGGGCCGGGCCGCGGGGCCCGCCGGCACAGCAGCGCCAGGAAGGGCAGAUUGCAGCAGGAUCCCCGGGGAACGUGGCUGAAGGCAGCGAUCCUCCUCCUCCUCUCCGCCGCGGCCGGCGGCGGCCUCGUGGUCUGGAGCCGCCUCCGCACCCAGGACGGGAUCGCCGGCGAUGGGAUCCCCGCAGAGGGGGUCCCCGAGGGAGGAAUCCCCGCAGAUGGGGUCACCGAGGUGCUGGCACAUAGCAGCGACAAUCUGCAGGACAAGUUCAUGGAGGUGCCCUGCUCGGAGGACUACGAGAGCCACAAGCGCUUUGCAGGUUGCACUCCUAGGAAGUGUGGAAGAGGUGUGACAGAUGCUGUAAUCACCAGGGAAGAAGCUGAAAGAAUUCGUAGAAUAGCAGAGAGGGGACUGUCCUUGGGAGGAUCUGAUGGAGGGGCAUCAAUUUUGGACUUGCACUCUGGAGCUCUUUCCCUGGGGAAGCAUUUUGUUAAUCUGUACAGGUACUUUGGGGACAAAAUUAAAGACAUCUUCACAGAAGAGGAUUUUGCCUUAUACAGGGAUGUGAGGCAGAGGAUUCAGCAGAGGAUUGCUCAGGUGUUUGGUAUCAGCUCUUCUGCCUUGUACCUGACCAAGCCAACCUUCUUCUCCAGGAUGAACAGCACAGGAGCCAAGACAACACACGAUGAGUACUGGCACCCACACGUGGACAAGGUGACUUAUGGCUCUUUUGACUACACUUCUCUGCUCUAUCUCUCUGACUACUCCAAAGACUUCGGGGGUGGACGCUUCGUGUUCAUGGAUGCAGAUUCCAACAGGACAGUGGAGCCCCGAGCAGGCCGGGUGUCGUUCUUCACCUCGGGCUCCGAGAACCUGCACCGCGUGGAGAGGGUGCUCUGGGGCACUCGCUUUGCCAUCACCAUCUCCUUCAGCUGCGACCCCCAGCACGGCAUCGGGGACCCGCUCCUGGCCUGACUGCCCCCGGCACCACGGAGCAGCUCUGCAGGGAGAGAACCCUGCCAGGGGAGAGCAGAAAGGAGAAACCAGCUCUUGUAAGCUCACAUGCAAUCAGAACUGCCCGGCCCUGGGAACACUUGGAUGUCUGUGUGUCACACGCUUGGAUUUCACAGCUCCUUUUCCAUAAAUAUUGCAAAUGGUGGCUUAAGGACCAUCCUAAGUUUGAUGCAUUCUGAAAAUGGUUUGUCUUUGUGUGCCAUGGGGACAGGCUGCAAAGAAGAGAGAAUGGGCUCCACAAAGAACAGAGGAUGGGCUCCACAAAGAAGAGAGGAUGGGCUCCACAAAGAAGAGAAAAUGGGCUCCACAAAGAACAGAGGAUGGGUUCCACAAAGAACAGAGGAUGGGCUCCACAAAGAACAGAGGAUGGGUUCCACAAAGAACAGAGGAUGGGCUCCACAAAGAAGCAAAAAUGGGCUCCACAAAGAAGAGAGGAUGGGUUCCAUAAAGAAGCAAGAACGGGCUCCACAAAGAAGAGGAAGUGGGCUCUUCAUAUUUAAAAUAUUUUCUAAAAGUUCUUCAGUUUGAAAGAUACAAACAGUCUUUUGGGCCAUGCCUUGAUGUGACUCCCCAGGCUGCUGUUACCUGUUCAGUUCUUUAGUCUCUUCAUUACUAACGUGGUGUAGAAAGUCUGACCUAAGUGAAUUGAGACCUGAGUUAAUUGAGACCUGAGUUAAUUGAGACCUGAGUUAAUUGAGACCUGAGUUAAUUGAAUGUUACUCUAAAAUAGACAGGGAUGGAUGGAUUCUCUGAGUGUGGCAUCAGUGGGGAAUACACCUGGGACUUGAACUUUUUUUAAAAUUUAAUUACUACUGAUUCAAUAUUCAGGAAGUCUCUCAGUAGCUAUUUUUUGAUUUCUCUUUUCCAGUUUAGUAUGAAGACUUUUUUUUGUUAAUGAGAACCCUGAAUAUUAAAUUGCAGGGACUUCAAGAGGAGCUGUGUGCAAACACGUGCAUAACCUUGCCAAAUACUUUGGGGUUUUUACUGCAGUCAAAGAUUUCUGUGGGUUAGGAAGUUGAUAAAUAAACGGUAGAAAAACCUAAUUUUUUUUUCUCAAUCAAAUUCUGAGAUACCCAUGUUGAUCUGGUUUAUUACCUGGAUGUAUAAUUUCUGUGAAACACUGAAAAUGUGGGAAUUUGCUUUGAUUUUUUUUUUUAAUUUUAUGCAUACAGUUUGGACUUUACAAUGUACCCUUGUAUGGAAACAAUAAGUACUGGGGGGAAUUACAGUGAAGAUCAUUAUAAAGAGGAAUAAGAGGACACUUGGACUUGUGAGGGCUCUCAUUGGGCACACCAGCAAGAUUAGUCCUCUGUAAUUUCAUUUCUCUCAUUUUAUUUCUUUCAUUUCUUGUUCUGAAACCUGAAAAAUUCUUCCUUGUCUGUACUAGCAAGGGAGAAUUGUUAAAUUGGCUGGAUGCAAGGAAAUAUUAAAGUCACUUGGGUUUCAUAUUGAAAUACUUGUCUUAAAGCCUGUUUUUUGCAAGGAAUUUGCAUUACACCAUGUUUUAAGUCUGUGUGAAGGCAGACCAAGAUCACCAGCAGCUUUACUGGAUUGAACUUGAUUCAAAUGUAGAUUUAAAUGAGAUUUAAAUGCAGGGCUUUUCCCCCCAAAUACCUGAUAGGAAUACGACCAUGAAUGGCCCUGUGUUUGCUGGUUACUCCUGUGAUGCCAGCUGGGAGUGGCACUUCUGGAGCUGCCCUCUGGCAAAUCUGCUCAGCAAGAUCAUCUCAGCCCACGGGGAAAUCUCAGCUCAUCUCCUCUUGGAUUUUCAUCUUCUGAAGAUCCCGUGUCCUGUAAUAACUGCUGCCCGUGGUGCAUCUCCUGCUGGGAACUGAUGGAUGUUCAGAAAUAAAACCAAGCUGGUUUUUGUCUUUUUGGAGUCUUGAAGCCUCAGUAAUCUGGGCGUUACGAUGACCAAACCUGUCCCCUGUAAUUUGUUGGGAAGUUGUGCACUGUGCAUGGGAAGAGAGCUCUUCCUUGGAAAAAAAAGCCACAUAUUUUGCAUGUUUUAGUGCCCCUGAGAUUCUUCUGUUUAGAGCUUCAAUAUCCAGACUGCUAAAAGCAAUGCCUAAAUCUAGGGACAAUUUAAAUGGCAAAUGAGGAAGUAAAGUGCAAUCUAAAAGUUUCUGAAGGUGGCCUCCAGCAGGAAGCAGUAAUUGCAGAAUGUUCCUGGGCAGAGUGGAAUUUCAAUUCUCUGCUAAAUAGGAACAAACUUGGUUGAAUUUAUUUUAGGCCACUUAAAUACCCUGAAUAACUUUUUAUUAAGGGUCUCUCCAGGCAAUGGCAUGUAACUCUGAACUUGGAAUAGAUUAAUUUCUGUCCUUUUGGAGGCUCAGCUGCCUGUUGCUACUGGGAACUGCAGGGCUCUGAUUCCUCCAACUCUGACUGCUCCAAGGGCAGGAUUUCUUCAAGUAAUGAAGAAAUAUUCAAGUAGCAUCAGUCUGAUGCCAAACUGCUGCAGAGAAGUGCUCUUAAUUGACCAGAGGUGAUGUCAGAAGGUGGCUGGAUGUGUCCCAGCUGUGGCAGGACCUUUCUGAAGAGCCCUUGCAGUUAAAACAAAGUCCAGAAAGGUCAGUGCUUGUGCAGUGGGAGCUGGGGCCCCAGUCCUGGUGGUAAAAUUACAGCUUUGCACCUGAAAGCAGACUUGUUACAAGUGUCUGGGAAUGCUGGGUUGUAUUUGGAAAGGAAAUUUCUUGAAAGGAAAGGGAAAGGCUGCCGGUGUGAAAAGUCCCAGAGCAAAACAGAACAUGCAGCAGGAGAGCAAGCCAGAUGUGACUCCCUCCAUGAGACUGAGCGAGGCCUCCUGAGGACUUCUGGGAAGUUGUGCUACUGUUAAAACCAUAUCUCCAUUCAAAUGUUUUGUGGAAUAUCAGGAACUUCUGAAAAAUUGGCAUGUUUUGUGGUCACAUUAGGUUUUUAGUGUACACCUACCUUUCAGUCCUGCAGCAUGCAUUCAAUUUUAAUGAUUUUAUCCCCUGUGAUUCUGGGAGCUCUAAGGGGACUUCCUGGCAUUUCUCAUGCAUAACAUUUUCAUUGUGUAAGAGCUGUGGAAUCAUUAUGGCUUUGAGUUCCUUGGAAGUCAGCUGAAGGUUUAGGAAGAUACAUUUAUGUUGAGAUUUUCCUGAAUAUGUAUCAUCCACCUGAAAUAUUCUGCACUCCAUCUCAGUUUCAAGUCCAGAAACGUUUACAAGGAGACCCUAUUUACAAAAAAAAAGAUUUAAAUUUGGAUUUACAGCAGAAAUUCAGCUUCAUGUCUUAUUUUUAAGGUCAGCAGCUGUGUGCUUUAGGAGGCUGUAGCACCCAAUAAUGGGCACAUUAAAAUAAAUUAGCUGAAAAGGC